AUGUCUUUGUGCUGUCGCUUUUUGGAAGAUGCCAAGCGAGAUUUGAGAAAGGCAGAUAGAGAAAUAAGGAGACAGAUGAGGCUGAUGGACCUGCAUCCACAUUACCUAUGUGAUAUACACCUGCAUCCACACUGCUUGUGUGAUAUACACCUGCAUCCACACUGUGGGUGUGAAAUACACCCGUAUCCACAUUGCCUGUGUGCUAUACACCCACACUGCCAUCCACCAUCAUGCCUCACAGUUUGGGAGAGGAAAGCCAUUAAAGCAAAACUGGAGGCAGAGCGAGAAAUGGACAGCAUCCGAAGAAGAGUUAAUAGGAUGUUGAACUCAUGCCAUGACCAUAAGCUUUUAGCUCUGAUGGAUGUUAAGGGGUUUGACCCAGAGGAAGUUACAGUGAAGGUGAAAGACGGGAAGGUUAAAGUAUCAGCUGAACAUGAGGAGGAGCAUAGGACCCUAAGAGGGAAGGAAUACAACUACACAAAUCUUACCAAGGAGAUCAGCUUGCCUCCAGGGGUGAAUGAAGAGGAGGUGAUGUACACUGUAGGACCUAACAGUUUGGUGAAGAUUGAAACUCCACGCAAGUGUUUCCCUUGCCUCCUGAGUCUAAUUUGA